UCUGCCAACCAAACACACCCUUAUUAUUAUUAUUUUUUUAUUAUAAUUAUUAUUAUUCUGCGAUCGUUUCACCCUUUCUCCUCUUUCGAUCUCGAAACAACUCAGAUCUUCCCGAUUCCGAUUCCCCUUUCCAAAACGCAAAAACGCACUGCCGUUUUGUAUUCUCUUUAUUCUUCACCUGCUUUGGGUUCGUCGUUUCGUCCACCGCAGUGUCGGUUUUGCGUGGUCGGAGGGAAGUGAGAGAGGAUUGAUUCUGUGUGUGCGCGUGUAUAAUAAGAGCCAUGCUGUUUGCUUUAAGAGUGUGGUUAUGAGGUAAUAUGGAAGUUGUCGUUUCACUCUUAAGACUAAAACUACACCACAAACUGCAGCAAGAACAUGUCGUUUUACAUUGGUCGCGAGGCUUCAAAGCUAUGGAAGAGAAUUUGUGCAGAAACGAUUACAGAAAUCAACCUUCUUCUCGAGAAUUGGAAGUACCUACUCGCUGGUCUUGUUUGUCAGUACAUACAUGGCUUGGCUGCUCGCGGAGUUCAUUAUUUACAUAGGCCUGGCCCUACUCUACAAGAUAUUGGAUUCAUGAUUCUUCCUGAGCUUGGACAAGACAAAGCUUAUAUCAGUGAAACUCUGUUUACCUUUAUCUUUGUAUCCUUCGUCUUGUGGACAUUUCAUCCUUUCAUAUUGAAGAGCAGAAAGAUCUACACAGUCCUAAUAUGGUGCAGAGUUCUAGCAUUCUUAGUUGCUUCUCAACUUCUUCGCAUAGUCACAUUUUAUUCUACGCAGCUUCCUGGUCCAAACUACCAUUGCCGUGAGGGUUCGAAACUUGCCACAUUGCCUCGUCCAGAUAGUGUUCUUGAAGUCCUCUUGAUUAAUUUUCCGCGUGGUGUGUUAUAUGGAUGUGGGGAUUUGAUAUUUUCAUCACACAUGAUCUUCACUCUUGUAUUCGUUCGUACGUAUCAGAAAUAUGGCAUUCGAAGGUCCAUAAAGCAGGUAGCAUGGUUACUUGCUAUUGUUCAGAGUCUUUUGAUAGUAGCAUCUCGCAAACAUUACACAGUCGACGUAGUCGUUGCAUGGUACACUGUUAAUUUGGUGGUAUUUUUCGUUGACAAGAAACUGGCAGAAUUGCCAGACCGGUCUAUCGUGGCUGCAACCUUACUACCAUUGAGCACGAAAGACAAAGAUGGCAGGACCAAAGAGGAGAAUCACAAGCUUUUGAAUGGGAAUUCUGGAGAUCCUGCAGAUAGGAGGCAAAGAACUCAAGUAAAUGGCAAGAUCAUGGAAGAUGUCAACACAAUACACCAUCCUGACUCUGCAAUGAAUGGUGCAUAGAUAGAUUAAAUAUAGAGGGGCCACUACUGUGUACAAAUUGAAAUAGGGUCCACUGCAAGAAUUGCUGUUGGAAAGCUACUACUACAACAAUCCUUCAAUUUGAAGAUUUAGUUGCCUGAACUGAAACAUUCACCUCUUAAUUCAAAUCAGUAUAAUCCGAUUUGUAUUAAGUCAAAAAUAUUUGAAUAUGGGGUUCUGCUUUUCAACAUUCUGCACCCCUGAUCUGGUUGUCAUGGUUAAAUUAUCUAUAGCAUCAGCAUGUGCCAUAGGAAAAAAAAAAUUAUUUCCAAUCCUCACCACCAUCAUUGAUACCA